CUCCAGCCUCGUUUUCAUUUCCCAUUCCAAGAUGGCGGCGACCAUGGAGUUGUUUUCUUCGUCAGUCAAGUCAGUGCGUAAUUGCAACAAACUAGAUGAAGUUGCGUCACAACAUUUACACGAUCUUUGAGGUAUAAUAAUUUCACGGCAUUGCUACCAAUUUCACAUUGGUCCUUUUGUCAUCAUGGCUUCGGGAACGACCGAUUCUACGCAGUGGAUGUGCGUGAACGAGGAGUCGUUGUUUCUGCACGACGGCUUGAUUCGUGUCACCGAUCUUGUCCAACUACCGCGCGACGUGACGACCUCCAGCGAGGCAGACCGGGAGAACGAAGUGGUUUCCUUCGACACCAAGGACCCAGCAGAGCUCACCGAGAGACUGCUGUCGGUCUGCGGGACCAACAACAAUGCCUACGCCUACUCGAGACUCAUGGAGUACCGGCUUAACGCCUUGAAAGGUUUGUGGAACGCCCACCGGCAAAUCAACAGCAACAUCGAGCAGAUCGAGAAAGAGGCAUCCAGUCACGAGGAAUCCAUUUCCUUGCUCAAGAAGCAAGGUUUAUGGCAGCAGCCGGAGCAGGUCUCCUUCUCCAGUCGUGUCGGCCUCCUCCUGGUCUUUCCCUUGCUGAAAUCACAAAAGAAACAGGACCCAGAACUUUGCGCGGAAACGGCCAAGUUGCUGUUGAAUUGCCUGCGGGACUGUCCACCACUGAGUCUGACCAAAGAACCAGGGGAUUGCCUGCUAGGGUUGGAGAACUUGCUGUGUUCCUGGCUCAUAGAAGGCAGCAAGCUGCUUCAGGAAUCGGAUGCAGAUGACGUCAAGAAAGAGGAGCUGAAGUCACAGCAGCAGGACCUUGCAGCUGCAUUAGUGGCUCUAGGCUGUGCCAGGGGCUCGACAUCGACCAUCAUACACACUGUCCACCUCCUGCAACAACUCCAAGCCAGCCUAGAGUCCUUACCAGUCGCCGAUAUCCUGCACAAACUCCUGAGGCUAGAGGGCGGGCCUGGGUGUACGUCCUCGCUACUAGGCAGCAAGCACAUGGUGUGCUGGGGGUUUGAGGACAUGCUGAGCGAAGGAAGCAAGGACGGAGAGGAGAAAGAAAAGGAAAAAGACACUACAGAUAUCGGACGAAGCCUAACGUGUGAUGGCAAAUUUCUCUACACCACCAGUUCCCAUGGCAAGGGACUGGCCAAAUUUGGUUCUGGAUUGGCGGGCACCCUGAGAGGUUUCAUCUACGCCAAGCGGCAGGAUCUUGGCCAGGGCUGGGUGGCCUAUGGGGACAGACAGCUGGUCCACAGAGCCUUGGAGUCCGACGGUCACCCGGAACAGUUGUGUACCAUCCUGGACCCCCAGACACUCAAGACAAGAACCGAAGUGGAGGUACCCCAGAGCUUACAGAUACCAGCAAACAGGGUGACUAUCACCCUACAAUCAGACGGUACAUACUUAUACUGGAUAUGGUGUAUAGUAGGAGCUGAUAAGAGCGGUAAAGGCCAGCCUGUCUGUAUGGAUGUACUACGGCUAGAGGAGAAUGACGGCACCAUCAUUGCCCAUCCCAUCAGCACCCGCAUUGUCCUGUCUCGUAAGGACGAAUCUCUCAAGGUGGUAGGUGACCCAUUACUGACCCGUCUACGCACCUAUCGGUACAGCACUGCUGCUACACUAGCCAUGCUGACUGGACAAUCAACAACCAGCACAUCCACCAAAGAAGACGCAUCAACCACAAGCUGCGGCCUGACCCUGAAGCUCCUGCGCAAGACGCCCGUCUUCACCUGCGGCAACAGUGUGGUCAUGCUAACAGCGCCCCCUGGAGGCAACAACAACUCGUCCUCUCGCUCCAUCUUCAACGCAGGCUCAGGUCUGUCUGCGACACGAACUCUAGGCACAAACUUGUGCUUCAGUGCCAAAGAUGGCAGUUUCAACACGCGUGUGGACUUUGUGGAUGCGCCAACGUGCUCUGUGGCUAGGGGAUCCCCCAUCGUUGGACUAGGUGUGUGCUACGAUGCAACCAAUAACGUCAUCUGGACGUGUUCCAAUGACUGGGUGGACCAGUGGCAUAAUCCAGGCUUGAGGGCAGCACAUCACAUAGAGCAGCAGAUGGGCAUGGGCUCGGCUCUGGAACCUGUACCAGAAGGCUCCUUGAUCUCCAUCCCGGAUAUCUUCAAGAUGCUCCUGCAUCACGUGGGCAGUAACUGCUGCCACCGCAUCCACAGUGACAUCUUACAAUCCUCCCUUGGUCAGAUGCUGAUGAGACAACGUACGCUGGACGUCAUCCACCUACGACGGGUUGGCGACAUCUUAGACAAGGCGCUGAAGGAAGGGGACCGGCCAGCCGCGCAGUGCAUGUUCAUAGUCCUCCAGGUUCUUUUCAAGUGCCACACUUUCCGGUCUACCAAGAAGGAGGAUGUUGAAUGUCUACAACAAGCUGGAUCGCUGGCAUGGCAGGUUCUUGUUGACGGCAAUUAUUCCACCGAACAUGAAGGCUUACAACGGGAAGCUUGCAACACCAUUAUAGCUGGUUUGACGGUCCUGUAUAGCACCGAGGAGGAGCAGAAUGCUCUGAUGCAUAAAUUACUGCUGGAGGGGGAGUCUAAGCCGGCCCUAGGCAGACUACGUGACCUCAUCCUUGGGGUCAUGGGUCAACUGCUCAGGCUGGAAGGCAAUGACACUGACCUCUCAGGAAGAUUGAAGGAUGACCUGGUGCAACUGAUUCUCAAGAUAUCAGUCAAAGAGGCUUGCGUCCUUCUACGUCGCUGUCAGCAGGCCUCCAACAAGGAAUUUGAAAACAUCAUUUCAACAGUUCCAAUUGCCUCCCCCUGUUUGCAAUAUAUGAUGGCCCUGCAAAUCAACCUACUGCGUGAUGGAGCCCUAUGCAAGCCCAAGCCAGAGGAAGGUACCACUCCUCCAGCGGGGGAGUCCUCAUCCAGCCUGGAGGAGCUGCAGCAGUCCAUACUCAACCUUGCCGCCAGUGUGUUCAGAGGAUGUGAAGAGGUCCUGGAGUCCCUGGUACAAGUCUGCCAGUUCAUCAUCAACGCCUCAUCACCGGCCGACUGGGACACUCGCUUCCAAGGCCUAGAGCGAGUAGUCAAGGGCACCAUACUGGGCCACCUCCUGCCGGUACUCAUCACCGCUUUGACUCAUGAGAACCUACAGAGUCUGUCGCUAGCCGAGGCGCUCAUCCCGCAGGUGGUGAAGCUCAUCAUACUCACCAGUCAAGUGUCACAGAUGUUGCUGAAGUGCUACCAGAUACGCGACUCCCUGGCCAUUGAAGACCCCACCUCCCCAGGCCCAGACAGUACCCCUACCAUCCGAGCCACUCCGGAGACCCCUGACCCAGGCUUCCUAGCUGGCCUGAAGAUCCCAGCUCCCUGGGCGACUGGUAAGACCGUUGAGUGCAUCCAUCCUGUCAGGGACAACUACAAGUUCCGGGAGACGGUUCACAUCCCAGGAGCACGGUGUCUGUACCUGAGGUUUGACCCACGGUGCGCCUCGCAGUACGACUAUGACAAGGUUAUUGUGUAUGCUGGUCCCAACUCCAGCUCCAGGAAGGUUGCCGAAUACGGCGGCAACACGUUUGGCUUUGGGAGUAGAAGCGUGCUGGGGUCUGGCUGGCCAAAAGACCUGGUCAAGGUGGAAGGGAACACAGUGACUUUCACCUUUGAGAUGCGAAGCGGUCGUGAACACAACACACCCGACAAGGCUAUGUGGGGAUUUGCCUGCACAGUCAGAGCACAGCAGGAAUCGACUGAGGAUGCAUCAGGGGGCAUGCCGUUCCUAGCAGACUUGGCCCUAGGCUUGUCAGUGUUGGGCUGCACCAUGCUACGCAGGCUGUACAAAGGACCAGAGAAGAGCCUGCAGGAAGAACAGAGCGAACACUUGCUCAAGUCUAAACUUCUUCAGCGGUGUGUAUGGCACCCACAGGCCAUGAAGCAGGCUCCCAAGCUACCCGCUGCAUCAGCUGGGAAGAAGGCUACAGAUUCCGACUCUACAGAUCACUGUAAGACCCUGCCUCGUAUCAAACUCUCGGCCGACAUCAUGCAGAGAUUGCAGGCCCUGUCUGGCCGCAUGGCACCCCAUCUCAGACCGAGCAUCAGGGAGGUCAUUCAACCAGCAGCCCUGGAGGAAGCUGUCGUCUCGGCCGCUUUGAAACACCUUGACAUAGAGGGCGCUGUCUUACUUCUUGGCGACGGGACCAUCUCGGACCAGCAGCGAGGCAGCUAUGACUUCCUGUGCCAAGUCAUGAAUGGGGUGUACAGGAGGAUAUACGCCAUACAGAGACAGUUGCAGCUUUUGGCGGAGCUGGAGCAGAAAUGGGACCAUGACCUGGAUGAGAUGAGGAAUGGUUCACUUGAGUCUGGCUCCUCGUUCUUUGCCUUGCAUCACCACCAAGAGAACAAAAUGCGAGAGUUGGAGCUCUUAGCCUACCUGAAGGAUGUGGAUUUUGAGUCUGCAGAUCAAGAGGAGGCGAUCAAACUUUUGAGAGAGAAGUUGGAGCAAGAAGCCAGCCUGAAGCCCUCCGACGAGCCCAAACUGAGCAUGCCCAAGACACGCUCGCUGGUCCAGGCCAUCCUGGAGAGGGUGGAGCUACUGCUUCAUGUUACCAUAGCAACCGAGAGUCUGCAGUCCCACCCGGCCAGUUUGUCUCGCAGCGUGUCCCAGCAUCCUAGCAAUCAACAGAGAGGUUUCGUGUUUGAGCCAUCAGUUCCACCUCCUAGCCCACCCUUCACUCGCAGUGUCUCACUGCCUAUGGAGCUAGAAGGAGGCAAACAAACAAACAAAGAGACAAACAAAAGCACCAGAACAAGAUGGCAGUCCAGGAGAAAAGGCCCACUGUCGUUGCUUCAAGACCUAGCCCAAGGCGAGGGCAAACAGACUGACAAGCAAGCACACACUGUCCUGCUAGAGGAACUAUUCUCCUUCAUUGGAACCAACCCUGAACAAGCUGUAUCCCUGGAGAGCUUCCUGUCAGCAGCAAGGGUGCGAUGGAGGCGGGGCAACACCCGCAAGCAGGCCCUGGUCCACAUCAAACAGCUGCUAUUGGCUGCCAGCAAAGUGGGCGGAGCUAUGCACCUACUGACAGCUGUGACAGCUGUCAUUCAGAAUGGUCCAAGAGUAAAUGAGCUUGCAUGUGGUGGCAUGGUGGAUGACGUCCAGCAGACCUUCUCUGAGACUAUGACCUCUGUGGUGACCUUAGCUGGUGCCCACCCCGUGGCGUGUGCCAACAGCAUAGGACUUCUCUGUACUAUCCCAUACACAAGGAGAGAGGAGCAGUGCCUGGUAGACAGUGGCCUGGUGCAAGUGCUUGAUCAGCUGUGUAGCCUAGGAUCCAGCAGUGGUGGCAGCGGUGGGAUCGGAGCUGGCUCAUCGGAAUCACAGACCACAAGGCAGCUGGUAUCAGCCCUGGCCUGGGCUGGCUUUCAGGUACUUGCCAGUCGCUGCGUCUCAUGGGAGGCUGACGAGACAUCCCAUGAUGCCUUGGGCUAUGCUGGCCUGGCCCGUCAGGUGUCUAGCCUAUUGACCAAUCACCUGGCUCGAGCCACGGAGACCAGCGGCAACGAGGCAGCCGGCAGCGAAGCCUUGCAAGAAGUACUGAGUCUGCUGAAUGAACUCUCACGGAGUCGCAUGGGCAAGGCCAUCCUCAGCCAGCCAGCCUGCGUCUCCAAGCUUCUCUCCCUACUCCUAGACCAGCGUCCUUCCCCUAAGCUGGUCCUGAUCAUCCUGCAGCUGUGCCGCGUAGCCUUACCCCUCAUGUCCGCCGAGGACUGUGCCAGUGUGCAGCUGCCAUGCUGGGGCCAGGAGGAGGUGACGACGCUACUCCGGGGAGCCGACGGUGGGGGCGAGGGGGAGAGGGAGGUUGAGGGGGAAGGGCAGCUUGGGGACCCACCGGCCAAGAUCGCCAGCCUGCUGCUGGCUAAGCUGGGAGAUUAUGUUGUGCCAGGCUGCCAAACCACCGCAUCCUCAGAUGUUCCCAGUUCAACCAAUGGGGACGGCACGCAAGCAACAGCGCCCUCGAGUGGCGACCGAGACAAGGGCGAGGAGUCUGAAGCCCAAGAUGGCCGCAUCUCAGUGUUCAUUCUCAAGAGGGACGACCAAUCCUCACAUGAAGUCAUACAGCAACUGCUCAGCUCUGAUGGCAGGCCCUUCAGGCUCGGCAGUGGGGCCAACAUGGAGAGAGUUGUCCGCAUGGACAGAGAGAUGACCAAGUACGGCAAAGCUGAGGUCUUCACGGAAGACGCCAACACCGCCAUCCGUAAGGCAUCUAAGUGGGCACAGAGCGGGCUUGUUGUCAGCACGGGACCCCCCGUAGAGAACAACAAUGACUCCAGCAAUGAGAACGGCAAGGAGAAGAAGAAGGUUGUGACGGAGGUGGUGUGUAGAGAGAAGAACGCUGAGCUGGCAAGGACUGAUCCAGUGAGACCGUUCAUCAGCGGCCAUGUUGCUAACAGCAUGGCAUCAGAGGUCAUUGCCCUGCUGCAUAGCCUGCUGACGGCUCCAGAGACGCAUACCGCCCUCAUCUGGGCAUCGGCUGUCGAAAGGGUGCUUUCUCAUGCCUUGACAAUGGUCACCCAGUUGACCUCCCACCAGACUAGUCACAUAGGUCUGCUGAACAGCCAGCCCCAGGGGGAGUCCGUAACCAGACUCAUGUCCGUCUGUCGCCAAGUGGUGGCAGCAUUCUGCGCUCUGGGAGGGUUCAAGGAAAGCGUCAAAGUUGGCUCCAAGGUCCAGGUCACAGGUGAAGGGUCGCGACCUCUCUUGGGUCAUGUCAUCAGCAUAUCAGAACCCCAGGGAGUAGCGACCGUAGAGUUCAACAUCACCAAGGACAUGUCCAUACCGAGAGCUAACAGCACACUGGAGGUUCCCCUGUCCAGACUACAGCCGCCCAGGAGCGAGACUCUACCAUUGCAGCAACUAUCCAUGACAGAGCGUGUCGUGUCAGCACUGCAUAGCCUCCUACUGCCUAGGAAUGAGAGAGGCAUGUCCCCUCUCACUGUGGCACUACCAGCCGUGGGGGAUGGAAGUAGUCUAGCCAUGGCAGCAUGCAGGGUGCUGGCUGAAAUCAGGUCAAGAGCUUGUGCUGUGCUGGCCCUGCACAUGAAGGAGCCAUCCUUUGCCACCGAGUUUGUCAAACAGUCGUCAUUGCCUGUUGAAGUCCUGAAAUCCCUGGCACAACAGUGUAGCUCAGGUGAGCGAGUGUCAGUUGUGGAGGCCCAAUGCCAGAGAUUGCGUAUGCUGUACAGGGACUGUGCUAGACCCCCACCACCGCCGGCAAAAAUCACAUCCAGGAUGUCUCAGGACAUCAGCUGGAACCCCAGCCGCAGUUUUCCGCCACCCCGCGCCUGUUUCUUCUCUCACAACCAGACGGCAGUCACCUUCCUAGGAGACGCUAACGCAGGCACUGGGCUACCUCGAGGAGUAAUGUGCUAUGCCACACAGCCUGUACCUAGUCAGGCGCCGUCAUUCUACUGGGAGCUGGAGAUAUGUUCCAACGGCGAUUCUGGUGACGAGGCCGGUCCAUCCGUGUCGUUUGGCUUUGCGCCAAGUGCUGAGAAGAAAGAAGGAGCAUGGACUAAUCCUGUGGGAACUGUCCUCUUCCACAAUAGUGGCCGUGGGGUGCACUACAGCGGGGCCAGCCUCCUACAAUGGAAGAGCCUUCGCCUAGACAUGACACUGAACAUCGGUGACAUAGCAGGCAUCGGCUGGGAGCGGGACGCUGAUUGGGGGAACCACGGCCCAGGCCAGCAGGCUAGGGGGCGGGUCUUCUUGACAUACAAUGGGAGGAGGUUAUCGGCGACGCUGGACGGUGUGGCCGGUGGAAUGUGGCCUGUUGUCCACGUUCAGAAACGGAACACAAGAGUCCGUGCCAACUUUGGCGCCCGCCCCUUCUGCUACGCGGAGGGUCGUCAGCACCACGACGCGGCCGUGGAGGCUAUCGACCCACGGGAAGAGAUCCUGGCCAACUUCAGCCUGCUGCCAUUCCAUGCGGCCCUGGAUGAGAGUAACGGGGAAGGAGAGAACAGCGGGGGCGCCGUUGAUGUGCCUCUCAUGGAGGCUGUCGGGGAGACGGUACCCACGGGCCCACCUUGUCGCCUUGUGGUACCUCCUAAGCCACUGACUGAAUAUGAUACCGAUGAGUCUGUCAAUUACAAGCUUCGUCAGAGCUACAACAGCUUCACCACCAUGGGAGCGGACGUGCGCAUCUUGAACGCCGGCCAGGACGACACCAGGGAUGACGAGGAGGAAGGGGAGCAGGACACCCACGAGGACUUCCACGCACUGCUGGUCAAGGCUUGGGAGAGUAAAGUCUUCCCCGUCAUCAGGAGGCGGUUCCGGAACGAGGCCGAGCGACGGUCGGGACUGGAACAGAUUAAAGGGGCUCUCCAGCUGGGCAUGACCGACAUCGCAAGACAGACCGUGGAGUUCCUCUAUGAAGAGAACGGCGGCAUGCCCCGUGACCUCCACCUACCCACCAUUGAAGACAUCAAGACCGAAGCAGCCAAAUUCACUAUCGACAAAGUCCGCAAAGGAACAACGGUUGUCAUCCGACAGCCGGAGAAUACUGGGUCAGCCGGGAGCACUGUAGUACCAAAGUUUGCUGUCCGAGCCAUGCUCAAGACAUUUGGUCUGACUGGAAUGGUUCUGGACAUUGAGUCGCGAGUGGAGUUAGUGCAAGUGGAGACCUAUCUACGCAGUGAAGGAGUGCUGGUCCGAUACUGGUACCCGUUGGACAUGCUAGAGAGACCACAGUCAGGGUACCGGCGAGGGGCUCUGACUGGAUUGGCUGCACUUGACAUAUCUAAUAUCAAUAUUCAUAGAGAGCUCCUGCACUGCGAGUCCACCUCGGCCCGCAUGUCCUGCCGCACUGCCCUGAUGGAGUUCCUGGGUCAUUGUCAGAGUCCGGAGGUCAUUGAGGUUAUUCCGUGCUCUCUGACCUCGGGUCAAGCCUCGGCCAGUCCUGAGCAGGACAUCUCUCAUCUACAGCUUCUGUCCAAUCAGCUGCUGGAGUCACCGCAGCCUGACGGAGCUCUGCAGGCUUCCUCCCUGUUGACUGCCCAAUGGCUGCACCAGUGCCUGGCCAGCAACACGCGCUGCCUGGCCGACAUCUUCUAUCAGGACACUCAGAUCCUCAGGAGAGAGCUCUUCAUUGCCAUGGCAACGGCAGCCCACAUGGGGGAGAGCAGACUGCUGGAACUGACCAAUCAGCUGUGUGGAGUGCUUCAGGUCGCUCCACACCAUUUUCCCUGUGAGAUUACCACGGUAACCGAGACUAAGGUGAACACAGACCUUCAGUUCCCUGGAGCCGCUGCUGUGAUUGUAAGCUGCCAGCAAGAUCCGAAGACAGCCAGGAAAGAGGCCUCACUCUAUCAAGCUCCCUGGGCCCGAGUUUUCUGCUACGGAAUCGGUCACCGAGUGAAGAAAACGGGCCAAACAGUUUUGCUGGAGGUAGUGAGCUAUCCAGCUGACGCUGCUAUCAACAGUUCAGCAGGUCUCUCUGCGCCUCCCAGUCACAACAUUGAUCCGUAUCCAACCAUGGUCCUGCCCUGUAACCGGGUCCACGUCAGGCAUGGGGUGUCGCCGGUGCCCGGCUAUGUGGUGUCCCUCCACGGCCUGCCGUCAGAGUUCCCACUGGCCAUGGCCUUCAUCGAGACCCUGGUAGGAUGUGAGCAUCAGAUUGGUAGCCAGAAAGUGGAGGGUAUGGAGGAGAUUGUCAUUGACAGGCUCAAAGACAUCCCAACUGAGCGGCAGGAGAUUCUGAAAGACAGACCCGCCCACAUCCCCCCGAGGGUGAUCUCCAGGGCUGCUGAGCUCCUGAGCCAUUACCUGAUGACUACCAAAGUGCCCCCGCUGAUCAAGGAGUACCUCUUCCACAUGCUGGCUCAGCUCUUGCGGAUGCUCUACAAGAGGGAAUCUUCAGGCGACAGCAUCACUGCUGCUGCUACCACCUUUCCAUUUGUUGUGAUCACCCAGCUCCUUCAUCUGAAUGUUGAGCUCCGAAAGCUAUUUGAGCAUGAGUCAACGUCAGGUGUUCUGUCCUCAAUCACACCAGGCCAGCAGUCAACAUACUUCCAGGCCCUGAUGGAGCUGUGUCUUGCCCUGGCUGAGGUGACAUCCCCGCCUGGUCUAGGAGCACAGCUUGCCCCAUCAGCCCACGCUACUCCCUCAGUGCAACUUAGUCCUCAGGCAGCGGCCAAACGGAAGAAGGUGAAGAUCAGGAGAACAGGAGCUGCAGUGAAGCGCAGCCCUCGUCCAAGUGAGAGUGACAGCGGGGAGACAUCAGCUUCCACCAGCUCCAAGCCAGAAGAGAUGCUUUGGUUCCACCGAGCACUGACUGUCUCACUGAUCCUGCGGUACCUCAUCGACGGGAACCCCCAAGGUUCCACAGUCACCCGAGAUGCCAUCUUGGAUGCUCACCAGUCCAAUUCCAUCCCAUCAACUCACUCUCGAUUGCUGGCCAUCUCUGGUAUUCCCAAGACACUGGAAGAACAAACUGUCCGUAAGGCCAUUGAACGGGCUUGCAGCUCUCACGGCGGCCUCUAUAAACAAGAGCUGUGGAUUCCUGUCCAGGACCAGAAACCACCAGAAGACUCCCCUGAUGAACCAAACACAACAAACACAACACCAGUAAACUUACCACAACCAGACCCACCGCUAGGGGCAUCAAUCAGUUCCCCAGAUCCAUCCCCACUUGCAGAAGCCAGUGCCACCACAACUCUUGAAAACCAAAGUUCAGACACUCAACACAGUGCAAUGGCAGCUCCAUUAUCUGACCAACAUGCAGAGCUGCUUACACCCCCUCCUGAAAGUGAAGCAACCCCUGACGUUGAACAAAACAAAGAAACCAGUGACAAUUUGGAAGAGCUCAAACAAUGUGUCAAGGGGUAUGCUGUCCUGGAGGUACGCUGCAAAGCCAAAAUUGACAGCAUUGAGAAUGCCCUACUCACCAGCAAGGAGGUGACAGAAGCUAUGCAGGUCGAAACGGCGGCCAUCCUGGACGUUUCUCCAGAAGACUUCCUCACCGUUUCAGCCGUCAACUCUUCCUUGCAGACGGAACUGACGGACAGCUCUGAGUUCCAGGAGUAUCUGAAACACAAACUGCUGAUGGAGAAACCUCCAAGGGAGUUGAGAACCCUUGCAGUGCAGUCCCUGGAGCAGGUCUUCUACAGCUGUCUUGCUGCUGAGCAGGGCUUCAAACUCCUCUCAGAGCUCGAAGAGAAGGACAUGGAUACAGCCGAAGUGACACUGUCCAAGGAGCAGAUGCUCAGUCUGGCUCCUGGCAACCUGCUGGUGCCUUUCUUUGGGGAGGUGAAGGGAUCCAAACACACUGCCCAGGAGGAGGUGACCCAAGUUCUGGAGAAAUAUGGAGUGAACAGAUUGAGUACCACUAGACCCAAGAAACCUAGUGCCAAACCGUCUAAGGAGCAAAGCAGAACCGUGAAUCGUAGAGGGAGCAAGACCAGCAAAGAGAAGUUGGCUGCAGCUGAUGUGUCUUUCAAGGGAAAAUCUGCCAGUCCCUCCGACAAGAAAUCCAAGCGGCCAGAGAAGGUAGCCCGCGAUUUUCCUGAAAAACGCCAAUCCGAGGACGGCAGGGCCAAGCAGGAGAUGGCUCAAGAGAGGGCGCUGUCUCUGGGAGGGUUUCUUCAGUAUGUGACGGACCGAGCCCAGGAGGAUGCCACACCUGUCUGGAAGGCCUUGAUGGCUUGUGGAUUUGACUUUCACUUCGACAGAUUUGCUAGUUUGAACCACUCAGACACCCCCUCGUACUUCAAGCAUUGGACCCACGACAUGGAUGCUGCCCUCGUGUGUUACGUGGAUCGUCUGUGUCGUAAAUUCUCCAUCACUCCGGCCCGUCUGCACCCGCAUGAGGUGUACUUCACGGAGGAUGAUCUCGUCAACCCAAAGUUUGCUCCAUUGCAAGGUGUUCCACUGGAGGUUCUCCGUCUGCGCUUUGCCCUCCUCCAGUCGCUUAGCAACAAUCUAGAGGCAUAUUUCCUGCCUCUGGUUGACCUACGACCUUCUCAGACCCUCUCCUUGAGCACGGCUGCCCUUAUAUCUAGGGCUAGGAGGAUUCUGUUCUAUGACACUAAGAUCAAGUUUUUCAAUGCCAUCUUGGAUGCCACGGCUCAGCGCAACUUGGACCAGGCGGCUCCGGAGAUUACCCUGGACCCCCUGGAGAUUGUAGGAGCCGAUGCCCAGGACUGCCUAGCUACCCAGUUCUGUCAGGCAGCCAGACAGCUGUCCAUCGUUCCUUCCUCCAAGCUUUGUGUCAAGAUUGCAAGUGGGGGGGACCCUACAUAUGCGUUCAACGUUAGGCUAACAGGCGAAGAGGUCCAUGGAACAAGUGGUUCCUUUAGGCAUUUCCUAGGUCAGGUGACCCGUGAGCUGCAGAGCUCCACCCUAGGUCUGCUCGUCCUGUGCCCUAGUGCGGGAACCGGCCGAAAUAAAGGCAGAUAUUUAAUGAGGCCGGGCGCCAUCACGUUCCCGGAGGAGAAACUUCUGGAGUUCUUUGGACUGCUCCUCGGCAUCGCUCUAAGAGCAGACAUCCCCCUAGCCUUGGAUCUACUGCCGUCGUUCUGGAAGUGUCUGGUUGGAGCCCCGUUGGACCCUGAGAGGGAUCUUGAAGAAGCUGACUGUAUCACCUACAGCUACCUCAAGAGAUUGACAGAGGUUCAGAGUGAAGCAGAGUUUGACGCGCUGUGCGCCGAGGUCUCCUCCCAUCAUGCACCUGAGCUGGAGUCACCUGACCCAGACCCCGCCCCUGGGCCAUCCACUGGCCCCUCCUCCUCCCAGACGGACACGCCUUCUCACAACCUGACGUUUGUUUAUAACAGCCUGGGCGGGGCAGAAGUGGAGCUGUGUACGGAGGGGAGGACUCGACGAGUCGGUUGGAAGAAUCGCCAGCAGUACAUCUCAGCCAUACGGGAUCUACGUUUGAGAGAGCUAGCCAGCCCAGAGCGCAUGCUAGCAGUCCGUUGUGGGCUAGCAUCGGUCAUACCAAUCCAUCUGCUUUGUAUGAUGACGCCACAUGAUUUGGAACUCAGAACUUGUGGCCUACCAACAGUUGAUCUGGACUUUUUAAAGGCCCACACCAUGUACCAGGUGGGCCUGGUCGAGACAGACACCCACAUCCAGUACUUCUGGUCAGCGCUGGAGUCAUUCUCCCAAGAAGAGAUAGCUCGCUUCAUCAAGUUUGCUUGCAAUCAGGACCGCAUCCCAUGUACCUGCCCAUGCCGAGACGGGGAGGCUGAUACCAGUCAUGUGCCACCCUACCCAAUGAAGAUAGCCCCACCUGAUGGAACCGGGGGAUCUCCAGACACACGUUUCAUCCGCGUAGAGACCUGCAUGUUCAUGGUGAAGCUGCCGCAGUACACCAGCCAGGAGAUCAUGACCAGGAGACUGCUGUAUGCCAUCAAUUGUAGAGAAGACCCUAUGAGUGGUUGAAUCACAAACAUCACAUUGGCACCACGGUGCUUUCCCCACCUGCUUCCCCUUAACUAGUCUGGAAAUUUGGGACUCGCAAUACUGUGUAUGAGAGUCCCAAAACUUAAGGUAUUGAAAACAUGCAGUACAUGAAAAUAGACUGGCUCCUGAAACAACCAGUCCAACACAGCUUCAGUACUGCAUCAAUCAAGUGUGUCAAAAGAAACAUGUGGCAA